AUGGCACUGGGGCCUGGCUGGCAUGGAGACAUCCGGGAGGUCUGCCCCGCAGCCGGGAAGCGCUGUGCUCAGCUGCGGCUACAGCACGGCUGGUCGCAGAAGGAGCUAGCCCAGCGGCUGGACGUGAGAGCUGUGGUCAUCCAAGACUUGGAGUCUCAGGGCUUGAUGCCUGAAGGUGAGGUGAUUGACGCUGUGAACCUGCUUUUGGGGGAGCCCUUGCCAAGAGCACGAGACUUGGAGCGAAGGGAGGUGCAGAUGGAAGGAGUUGGAGCGAAGCGGACCUCCAUGAGCCUGACCUUGGGAGAUUUCAUGCCAGAGGAUUAUGAAGAGUUGAUGCGCGCCGUAGAGGUUGCAGACGAGGUGAGUGAAACAGCCUGUCAAACCUGA